AUGAGUCUACUCGAUAGUUGGAAUUCACCUAAAUACGUUUUAGCACCUAUGGUUGAUGGCAGUGAACUUGCCUGGAGGAUGCUUGGUCGUAAAUAUGGAGUUCAACUAACUUUCACACCCAUGAUUAACUCGACUGCAUUUCUCAUUAACAUGAAAUACCGCCGGAGUUGCUUGCAGUUCGCCUCAGAAGACCGACCACUUAUUGUUCAAUUUUGUGCUAAUUCUCCAGAUACAUUUGUUAGGUGUGCUAAAUUGGUGCAGCCCUUUUGCGAUGCAGUCGACCUGAAUCUCGGUUGCCCUCAAGGAAUUGCUAGAAGAGGGCAUUAUGGUGCGUUUUUACAAGAUGAGUGGAAUUCUCUCAAGGAGAUAGUUAGCCGCGCUUCGUUAGAGCUUAAUGUUCCCGUCACCUGCAAAAUCCGAAUCUUUAGUGACGUUGAGCGAACUGUUCAGUAUGCAAAACUUCUCGAAGCUGCCGGGGCUUCUAUGCUUACAGUUCACGGACGCACCAGAGAAAUGAAGGGUCAAAAAACUGGACUUGCUGACUGGAAUCAAAUUAGGGCAGUAAAAGAAGCAGUAAAAAUACCUGUUAUUGCCAACGGAAAUAUUCAGUAUUUGUCAGAUGUUCAUCAGUGUUUGGACUCAACAAAAGCCGACGCAGUUAUGAGUGCAGAGGGUCAUCUUCACAACCCGGCCUUAUUCCUAGGAAUUCAACCAUGUAUCUAUGACAUGUGUUUUGAAUAUUUAGACUUUGUGGAAAAGUACCCAACAUCCAUGCAAAUCAUCAGAGGACAUAUCUUUAAACUAUGUCAUCACGCAUUGGACGAACACUCUGAAUAUCGUUCACUAAUUGGGUCUUCUCAAUCAACUAAGGUAAUGAAAGAAAUAUUACAAAAAAUGGCAAAUCACUGUUCAUCUUGUGUGCGAAACAGUUCUACUAAAUUACCCCAUCCUCACUGGUUAUGUCAACCUUAUGAGCGACCAAUUACAUUUUCGGAACAAGCGAAAGUUGAAAUCUCGAUGCAAGCAAUUAAUGGAUCGGAUUUUCACAGUGUUGACAGUGACGUAUCUGCUAAAAAAAUUAUGCUAAUGGAGCAAAGACGUAGUCGGAAAGCUUCAAAGAAAGAGGUUAAACUUGCUAAGAAAUUAGCAAUCGUUGAAGGAAAGCUCAUAUGUUUUAUUUGCAACAAGAAUCGGAAAAGUUUAAACUGUGCCAGAUCAGUUUGCCGCACAUGUUGUCAAAGUCAAAGUGAAUCAAAUUUGAAUUCAUUAACGAAUACUUUUUGUUCAUUCCAUCACUGUCAAAUAAAUAAUGCUAUAUUAGAUUAG